UUCCCUGGGGCUAUUCGCACUCGAUAAAGGAAGCAGCCCCAUCAGCAGAACGCAGCCUUGCCAUGGCCGGGACUGGCCACGGGCGGCAUGCUGCACCCUCUGUGUAAGAGUGCUGCAGCCUCUGGCAUGGGCAUGGCCUGGCCCUGACUCACCCCAUCCCCCGGUCUGAAUCAGGGGCCAUCGACUGCGAUGGGGAGCAGCGUCUGCCCGAGAAAGCGGGGGUGGUGGCAUAUGUGUCACUUGCUGUGGGUGCUGCAUCGUCACAGCUGCCCCGGGGCGGAGCGUGGGCAGGUCCGUGCUAAUAGCCCUGUCUGGGGGGCCGGCAGCUCCCUGCAGCACUGCGGGAGGCACCAUUCAUGCGUUGUUGCGUGCUCCCGGUAUCCGGUCUGAGGAGGGCAGCAUGGCAAGAGUGAGACGGGCAUGAUGUGCAGGUCCUGGUAGGUGCCAGCCAAGAGCACAGGUGGUCGCAGGUCAGGGCUCUGGUCUGGACAGGCCGGUGGGCCCAACCAGAGUGGGACCUAGGGUGUGGACGGCAUUUCAGCCCCACUCCCAGCACUCAAGGAUGGGCUUUGCUCACCUCUGCUGAGCCCCAGUGCAGGGGCAGGGGUCUGCUGGGGAGGCCGGCAGCUGCAGCUGUGGGAAGGGGGUGGUGACCAAUGUGCUUGGUGCUGUACACAGUCCCGUCCCAGCCACGUCUUCCCACGUGACCCAGAGACCUCAGCAGCCAGUGCCGGCCGGAGCUGUGGAGGCUGGCGGGGGAGUGGGUCUCUGGGAGCAUCCUGCCAGAAUGGGCCUCCCGGCUGGGGAAAACCCCUGCUCACGGCUCUUGCUGGGCAGAUGUGGCCCCACAACCCCCUGCCCACGCGGUGCCCCCGGGCUCCCAUGGCGGUGGGGGCCGUGGGCUGUCCUAUGCAGAUGCAGGGGCAGAGCCAGGUAGCUGCCGCCUGUCCAGUCGGGCUCGGUGCCCUGUGCCAGGGAAGCUCUGGGCUUCCUCCCCCUCCUUUCAUUUCCUUCCUGAUGGGAAUUCACUUCCAGUUCCUCUUUCCUCCUGCCCACGGUGGCUCGGGUGCAGACAUUGAUGCCCAAGAAAAGCACGGUGGGUUAGGGCUGCAUGGGCCGAUGUCUGCUCCCGGUCCGAGUUCAGGUUCUGCUGCAGUGUGGGCUGGUGGGUGAGCUCAGGACAGGCGACCUGGUGGGUCGGGGCCCUGUGGUCAUGGGGGUGGGCUGGUUUGCCUGGGCAGGUCUGAGGUUUCUGCAUGCCAAUGCUGUGCUUGUGGACGUGUCCAACCCAGGGACUGAGCAUCUGUCUGUCCCUGCCCCGCAGAUUCUGAGCCAUGGAGACCGGCUGCGUGGUCCGUGCUGUCUUCGACUUCUGCCCCAGCGUCUCUGAGGAGCUGCCCCUGUUCGUGGGCGAUGUGGUUGAGGUGCUGGCCAUGGUGGACGAGUUCUGGCUCUUCGGCAAGAAGGAGGGGGUCACAGGGCAGUUUCCCAGCAGCUUUGUGGAGACCCUGGACAUCCCCAGCCUGAAACAGGGAGAGAAGCUGUUUGUCUGCACCAGUGAAUUCACGUCCCAGGAGCCGGGGAGCCUGUCCCUGCAGAGAGGAGACCUGGUGAUCCUGGGCGGCCCCCUGGCCUCCAGCUGGCUGCAGGGCCAGAGCACCUGGGGCUCCAGGGGCUUCUUCCCCUCCUCAUGUGUGCGGGAGCUCUGCCUCUCUUCCCGGAGCCGCCGGCUGUCCCUGGGCACAGCCCCAGAGGUGCCCACGCACUCGCUGGGCCAGGCGCGGGCACUGAUGAACCUGUCUGCCCAGCUGGAGGAGGAGCUCGACUUCCGGGAGGGCGAUGUGAUCAGCAUCGUGGGGGUGCCUGAGCCAGGCUGGUUUGAGGGAGAGCUGGGCGGGCGCCGUGGCAUCUUCCCUGAAGCCUUCGUGGAGGUGCUUGGCCCCCUGAGAGUGCCCAGGGACUCGGAGGAACUGGAGCCCAUGGAGGAGGAGCUGGAGCCCACGGAGGCCAACGGUGUGGCAGGCACGCCACCCGGGGAGGUGGAGGAUGAGUUGGAGGGCACCUACGGGGUGGCCCUGUACCAGUUCCAAGCACUGGAGCCGGCAGAGCUGGACUUCGAGGUGGGCGACCGGAUCCGGGUGGUGGGCAUGCUGGAGGACGGUUGGCUGGAAGGCGAGCUGCGGGGCCGCCGUGGCAUCUUCCCCUACCGCUUUGUGCGGCUGGAGGGCUCCACGCCCCCCGGGAGCAGGGGGAGCCCCGGGGCCCCGCCAGCGGGGCCUGGCCGCGGAGUGACUGUCUAUCCGGAGCCGGCAGCAGCUGGCGCCAGCCCUGGGCCCCUCCCGCAGCUGGGGGCAGAGCCGGGUGGCCUGGCACAGCCCCCCGAGGGGCAGCCGAGUGCACCAGAGCCCCGGGCAGCUGCGGGCACGGCUGAGGCCGAGCUGGGACCAUGUGAGGCACCUGCACAGAGAGGCCCCAGCCCUGGCUCCGAGCCACAGUCCCCCUUGAACGAUGCAAAGACUGUCAACGGUGUCCUGCCCCACUCCCCAGAGAGCCGCCUGUGUUGCUUUGAGCCCAAUGAGACCCCCUGUUCCCAGCUCAAGGAGGAUGGGGAUGGCCCCCCAGUGCCCCCCAGAGCCCCCCGCUCCCCCCUGCAGGGCAGCAGGAGCCAGGACAUCACUGCCCCGGGCAGCUGGGCAGGGGCAGAGCCCAGCGAGGGAGUGGGGGGCACCCUCCCCCUGGACCUGGAGCUGAGGCCGAGGGCCGCGGCUCUGCCACGCUGCUCCAGCAUCAGCGGGGCCCACGGGGGCCUGGACACGUGGCCUGGGGCCCGGGCGGGCGCUGACCUGGACUCCAAGCUGACCGAGCAGCUGGCCCAGUUUGAGCGGAGUCUGUCAGGCGCUGGGGCCCGGCCAGUGUCUCGGCAUUUCUCCAUCCUGGACUAUGGCUCAGAGAAGGACAUCGUGCGGGGCUCCCCAGUGCGCGGCCGCCUGCCUGGGCCAAGGCGAGGUCUGCGCCCACCCCCGCCCCGCCCCAGCACCCCGGCAGCUGCUCCCCUGCCCCAGCAUCCCAGCCCGGACCCUCACUCCUUUUCCGUGCGGCCUUUGCGCCCUGCCCCGCGGCCCCCGGCAGGCAGCCAGAGGAGGAGAACGGCCUCUCCGCAGCCCCAGCCCCAGAGCCUCCCUGAGGGCACCAGGGACUCAGCCAGCGAGUACCCUCUGCUGCUGACCCGGCUCCGGGAGCUGGAGCAAGAGCUGGAGGCCUGUAGGAGGAUGCGGGCCGAGCUGCACGUGCUGUUGGCGGAGCCACAGGACGAGCUGGCGAGGACGGAGACCCUGGAGCAGCUGGAGCUGUGCGAGGCCAGCAUGGAGAGCCUUGGCGCUGAGUUGCAGGAGCUCAGAGAGAUGCCCCUGGCGGCCCCCCCGGCGGCGGCGGAGCUGGAGCAGCGCAUGCUGGAGAAGCGGGCCAAGGUGGCGGCCGCGGCUGAGCGGGACUACCUCCGCGACCUGGACAUGUGCGUGCAGCGCGUCCUCGUGCCGCUGCAGCAGGCCCAGGUGCAGGGUGUUGACUUCGAGGGGCUCUUUGGGAACAUCCAGACGGUGAUCAGCUUCACCAAGCAGCUGCUGGGCGCCCUGGAGGCCUCAGAUGCUGUUGGGCCGGUGUUCCUGGCCCACCGCGCGGAGCUGGAAGACGUGUACAAGGUGUACUGCCAGAACCACGACGAGGCCAUCGCCCUGCUCGAGGCCUACGAGAAGGACGAGCGGAUCCAGAGGCACCUCCUGGACUUCCUGGAGACCCUCAGGAGCCUGUACAGCGAGUGGGGCUGCGCAAACUACAUCAACCUGGGCUCCUUCCUCAUCAAGCCGGUGCAGCGGGUGAUGCGGUACCCACUGCUGUUGAUGGAGCUGCUCAGUGCCACCCCUGAUGGACACCCUGACAAGGCACCGCUGGCGGCCGCCGUCCAUGCUGUCAAGGAGAUCAACGUCAACAUCAACGAGUACAAGCGCCGCAAGGACCUGGUACUGAAGUACCGCAAGGCAGAUGAAGACAGCCUCAUGGAGAAGAUCUCCAAGCUCAACUUCCACUCCAUCAUCAAGAAGUCCAACCGCGUCAGCAGCCACCUCAAGCACCUCACGGGCUUCGCCCCCCAGCUGAAGGAUGAGGCCUUUGAGGAGACGGAGAAGAUUUUCCGGAUGCAGGAGCGACUGAUCAAGUCCUUCAUCCGCGACCUGAGCCUCUACCUGCAGCACGUCCGGGAGUCGGCCUGCAUGAAGGUGCUGGCAGCCGGGAGCAUGUGGGACCUGUGCAUGGAGAAGGGCAGUGGGGACCUGGAGCAGUUUCAGAAGGUGCAUCGGCUCAUCAGCGACCAGCUCUUUUCCAGCUUUAAGGAGAGGACAGAGCAGCUGGUUAUGGCACCCCUGACACAGCUGCUGAGCAUGUUCACGGGACCCCACAAGCUGGUGCAGAAGCGCUUCGACAAGUUGCUGGAUUUGCACACGUGCUCAGAGCGGGCCGAGCGCCUGAAGGACAAGCGGACGCUGGAGGAGCUGCAGUCGGCCCGCAACAACUACGAGGCGCUCAACGCCCAGCUGCUAGACGAGCUGCCCAAGUUCCAGUGCUUUACCAAGGAGCUCUUCGCCGGCUGCGUGCGGGGCUACGCCACGGCCCACUGCGACUUCGUGCGCCUGGCCCUGCAGGAGCUCAGCCCUCUGCUCUCACUGCUGCAGGUGACUGGCCGGGAGGGGAACCUCAUUGCCAUCUUCCAGGAGGAGCACAGCCGUGUCCUCCAGCAGCUCCAGGCCUUCACCUUCUUCCCAGAGGCUCCAGCUGUGGCCAGGCGUCCGUUCGAGAGGAAGAGCAUGGAGCGCCAGUCAGCCCGGCAGCAGCCUCUCCUGGGCCCGCCCAGCUACCGGCUGCAGUCCGAUGAGGUCCGUGCCACGCUCCUGGCCCGCUACCCCCCGGACAAGCUCUUCCAGGCUGAGCGCAACUUCAAUGCAGCCCAGGACCUGGACGUCUCGCUGCUGGAGGGUGACCUCGUGGGUGUCAUCAAGAAGAAGGACCCCAUGGGCAGCCAGAACCGCUGGCUCAUCGACAAUGGAGUGACCAAGGGCUUUGUGUACAGCUCGUUCUUGAAGCCGUACAGCCCGCGCCGCAGCCAGUCAGACGUGUCUGUGGGCAGCCACUCCUCCAGUGAGUCGGAGCAUGGCAGUGCUUCGUCCUACAGCCACGCCAACCUCACCUUCAGCCCUGGCAACAUGGCUGUGGCCUUCACCCAGAAACCGCCACCUGAUCCAGCCGCCCCAGGAGACCCCCACCUGCGCUCCACCUCAGAGGCGGACGCCCCCCGCCAGCCCCAGCCCAGCGCCUGUGAUGGGACAGGGCUGCUGGACACCACCCCGCUGCCCGCUGCAGCACCCCCUCACCGCCGCCACAGCCGCCCGGAGCUAGCCGGCAGCCCUGGCGCCCGCAAUGGGCUGCCAGCCAAAGCCCAGGUCCAGCCAUCGCCCUCACUGGAGGACAGGGACUCGGGGCUGGACAGCAGUGAGUCCGAGGGCAACCAGGUCUAUUACGCGCUUUACACCUUCAAGGGCCGCGGCCCCAAUGAGCUGAGUGUGUCGGCCAACCAGAGACUCCGCAUCCUUCAGUUUGAGGAUGUCACGGGCAACCGGGAGUGGUGGCUGGUGGAGGCGCGCGGGCGCCAGGGCUAUGUGCCUUCCAGCUACAUCCGCAAGACUGAGUACACGUGAGCCGCCCCAGCCCCAGCCCC